AUGUCACGUUCUCGUCUUCCACCCACUCCCGCCAUGUCGGGAGAGCUCAUCAUCAAGGAACAGAUGCCCAUCGAUGGCACGGAUUCCUUCGCAUUGCCUCCUGCGGCCAUCAGCCCCUCCAAGCUGGACUCUGCCAGUAGACGCUCCUCCAAGUCGGACCCAUCCGUCUUUUGUCCUGCCUCCCCCGCUUCCCCAGAUCUGGGUCCCGGACGCAAUCCACAGCCCCCGCGGCAGGCCAGUGUCAAAAGACCGCUGGAAGACUUCGACCUCCCGCCGCCGCCUACACGCACUCGCAAGAUCAUCCAGAUGAAACCCAAGACCCAAUCCUCGCCCAAGCCAGCUUCGACCGCCGCCAGAUCAUCGUCCAAAGACUCCACCAAUAAGAACUCGGCCAACAAUGCGUCCCCGGCCGCUUCCAAGAAGAAACAGCCUAGUGCGACCAGUGCUGCCGGUCGGAAGAUCGCCCGGAAGACGGCGCAUAGUCUGAUCGAACGGCGACGGAGAUCCAAGAUGAACGAGGAAUUCGCGACCUUGAAGGACAUGAUUCCCGCGUGUCGGGGCCAGGACAUGCACAAACUGGCGAUUCUCCAGGCAAGCAUCGAAUAUGUCAAUUACCUGGAAAAAUGCAUUCAAGACCUCAAGACGGCCGGAAAUCCUCAACACUCCGCCAUGCCGCCGCGCAUGCCCCCGGCUCCCCCUUCUCCAGCGUCACCAGAGGUGCUCGAGGGUGGUGACGGCCCAUACUCGGCAUCGGCAUCUCCUGACUUAGUGCCCGACGGUCGGCAAACCGCCAUGACUUCGCCGGCCUUCUCGCCCCGGAGUCACGCGCCGUCGACGGGUGUCCUGGAACCCACCCCAACGAUCUUGCCGAGCCCCGCACUGGGGCCCUCCUAUUCCUCCACCCGGGACAUCUCCCGGAGUUCAUGGACCCUGCUGUCGUCUGCCAACACUUCUCCCGUCAUCCAACCCGAAUAUCGCCCAGCAUUGUCUGCUGACAUGGAUCAUGAGGCGUCGGCAGCUUUGCUCAUGCUCAAUCGAGAGUGUCGUCGAUCCAUCAGCUCCGUUCAGGAAGAGCAGUCGGAGAGUACCCCAACUACACUUCCAGAACCGCGGAGGCAAUCAAGGAUGAGUGUGAAAGAUCUAUUGAUCUCGUAG